CACAGUACCGGUCCAGAUCCCCUUUAAUUUCCCAUGUUCCCCCGCGUACUCAAGCCCCGCCCCCAGUCUCCCGGCCCCGCCCCGAAGUGUGAGGGGUGUGGAUGGUUUGUGAACCCCUCACCUGACUCUACCCGUCGCGGGCUGGGAGAAGCGGGUUUGGCCACGGCGGCCGGAGUUGCAAUGUGCCAGGCACUGUGCUAAGUAUUUUGCUUCGAUGAUUUCCCGUCAUCUUCAAAACAACCUUAUGAGUGUGGACCCAGUCAGCAGCCAGGCCAUGGAGCUCUCUGAUGUCACCCUUAUUGAGGGUGUGGGUAAUGAGGUGACUGUGGUGGCAGGUGUGGCGGUGCUGAUUCUAGCCUUGGUCCUAGCUUGGCUCUCUACCUACGUAGCCGACAGCGGUAGCAGCCAGCUCCUGGGCACUAUUGUGUCAGCUGGCGACACAUCCGUCCUCCACCUGGGGCAUGUGGACCAUCUGGUGGCGGGCCAAGUCACCCCAGAGCCAACCGAACUCCCACAUCCAUCAGAGGGUAAUGAUGAGAAGGCUGAAGAGGCUGGCGAAGGUGGGGGAGACUCCACAGGGGAACCCGGAGCUGGGGGUGGUAUUGAGCCCAGCCUUGAGCAUCUGCUUGACAUCCAAGGCCUGCCCAAAAGACAAGCGGGCCUGGGGAGCAGCGGUCCAGAGGUGCCCCAGAGAUCUGAGGAUAGCGCCUGCCUCAUCAAUGUGCGGCUCAAAUUCCUCAAUGACACCGAGGAGCUGGCUGUGGCCAGGCCAGAGGAUACUGUGGGUGCUCUGAAGAGUAAAUACUUCCCUGGACAAGAAAGCCAGAUGAAACUGAUCUACCAGGGCCGCCUGCUGCAGGACCCAGGCCGCACACUGCGUUCCCUGAACAUUACCGACAACUGUGUGAUUCACUGUCACCACUCACCCCUUGGGUCAGCUGUUCCAGGCCCCUCGGCCUCCCUGGCCCCCUCUUCAGCCACUGAGCCUCCCAGCCUCGGCGUCAGUGUGGGCAGCCUCAUGGUGCCUGUGUUUGUGGUGCUGUUGGGUGUGGUCUGGUACUUCCGUAUCAAUUACCGUCAGUUCUUCACAGCACCUGCCACUGUCUCCCUGGUGGGGGUCACUGUCUUCUUCAGCUUCCUAGUAUUUGGGAUGUAUGGACGAUAAGGACCGUAGGGAGAAAAUGAAAGGCGUGGUCUUCCUCCUUUAUGGCCUCCCCCCUUUCCUGGCCAGAGCUGGGCCCAAGGGCCUGGGAGGGAAGGGUGGAAAGGAUGUGGUGGGUCCCCCUCCAUAGGACCCAGGAGGCAGGCAUGGGGCCUCCCCUUCACGUCCACGAGGGUACAGACAUCCCCUCUGUGCAAGCACAACUCAGGUAGAAAUGAGAAUGUCAUCUUCCUUCACUUUUAAGGUCCUGAAGUUCAGAGGUGAGCUGGUGUUCCAGCUCAGUGGGGAGCCUGGGCUCUGAGGAUUCCCUCCCAGCCGUGGCCCUAGCUCUUUCCAUUAUCCUGCAUGUCUGCUCCCCAGCCCCCAGGGCUGCCUGUCAGGGCAGUUCAGCAUGGCCCCAGCAUACUUCUGUAGGGAGCCUGGAGUAUCUUUCGGUUCCCUAGUGGAAUAUCCAUCUUUCGAGACUGAAAUCACAUGGGCAGGAGUGAAGUGUCAGCCUUCCCUGUAGGCACCUGGCCACCUCCACCUUCUCCCUCCACCCCGUAGCGGGAAUAGGGUGUUCUCUGUGUUCUGGAUGGUUUCCAGUGUUCUUUUCUUUUCAAAGCACUUUGCUUAUAUUCUUUUAAAAAAAAAAUAGUCCCUUAUAGAGCUCAGUCAGGAAGGGGAUUGGGGCACAAAGCCAAGCCCCCAGCAUUGGGAGAGGCCGGGCCACAGCUGCUGCUACCCUAGGCCUAAGGCUGUAAGCAAGAGGCAGCUCUGGCCCUCAGCCAGUGUCCUACUCUGCCCAGCUCCAAGGACGAGCUCUGGGUAUGGAGCACUGGGCCCCAGGCCCUUGCCUCUGGGGCUCUUGGAUGGAGGGCCGUAUCUGUGACUGAAUAAAGUUCCAUUUUGUGGC